ACAUAAUUUUUUUUUGAGGUUAGGUUAGCUUAGUUUGAUUUUUCCGUUUGUGUCGCGGCUUGCUUGUUUUUUCUUGCUUAUUUUGUUUUCCCAUAUAAUUCUCAUUGGAAAAUUGAAUAAAGUAUUAAUAUUAUUUUAAUCGAUAAGAAAUCUCUAAAUGGUGCUGGAUGAAAAUGUGGGGAGAAAGUGAAGGGAGAAGUGGGUGAAGAAAACAUUCAUUGUGAACAAAGCGUACGAAACAGGUGGAACAACAAAAUGUCUAACCGGCUUCUUGCAGAUCGUCUGCGAUUUGAAAAUAGUGAACAAUUUACAAUUCUUGUGCGGAUGCACCUGUCUUUUGAAUUGGAUCUCAACACGGAGGAAUUUGAAAAUGAACCAGAAGAUCGUGGAGGAAUCUUCCGGAAACUAAAUAGGCUACAUCGUAAAGCCAAAGGAUGUGCUUCUUCGGUGAAGACUUCAAGUCCCACGGAUGCACGGAAGCAUGCACCAACACCGGAGAUGCUGCGUAGCAUGGAGAAAUUAAUGAAUUUCCUGGAGGAGGAGCAAAAUAUCGUACAAGAGGGCAUCUUUCGUCGUACGGGGGCUCUCUCGAGGCAGGCUGAUCUCAAAAAUGACUUGACCCAGGGGCAGAAUGUUGAUUUUGCCGCAGGAACCUUCACAGUACACGAUUGUGCCAGCGUUCUCAAGGCAUUCCUUGCUGAACUCCCUGAACCCCUUCUGACUGAUGCCUACCAUUCAGCACACUGCCAGCUGGCACAGCUUAUGGCAACUGGUGGUACAACUGAUGGACUCAAUGGGAGACUCACUAAUUCCCUUCAGCUACUCUUUCUCCUUCUUCCCGAUGAGAAUCGACAACUUCUGGAGCGUUUGCUUGCCCUCCUCAAUCACACGACACAUUUUCAGGAUAAAAACAAAAUGUCCCCAUCCAGCUUAGCCACCCUCUUUACACCCCAUCUCAUCUGUCCGCGUAAACUUUCCCCCGAAGCCCUACACGUUAUGUCACAGCAAAUGUCUCCAGUGGUGGCCUUCAUGAUCACAAUGGGGAGUUCCCUAUUUGAAAUUCCUAAUAAGCUGGCAACGGAUAUUCAAGCAUACUUUGCUGAGCAGACAAAGAAACGCUCAUUAACACCUGGACAGGUUCUCGAGGAAUCCGUGGACUCAACAGCAGCCACAGUCUUUAGUUUUGUUGAUCGCGAAAAAACAGCUCAGGCUCACAAUUCAAAUUACACAACUGACACCGCUCUGGCCCAGCUGUACGCCCACAUUCAGAGCCUCCCGGAAUCAUCGCGAAAGCGAAAACUUAUUAAACAAUUUAACAAAGAAAAUGGACAAGGAACACCACUUAUGAUGAACCGCGAAAAAAGUGCUAAACUUUCAUUGGGAGACUCCAUCAAGAGACACAUUUUCCAGAGAAGUCUCAUUUCCAGGACGCCCAAGAGAGUGAGGACACCACUGAGGAAUAUUUCAGAAACACCACCACAUCCAUAUAGCACAGAGAAGCGGCCACAGACACGAGUUCUCUUUCAAACUCUCCAACUUGCUCCAUCCCCUCCUACUGCUCUUCCUGUGACUCCUGUAACCGCCCAAAAAUCCCCCCAGUUUGCUGAAAAAUCAACCAAAAGUGUGGAUGAGGAUGAUGUACCACCGAGGCUAUCGCGAAAAUUUCCCUCAGAACCUAAUCUGUGGUGUGGUACAAAGCACGGAAUUUUGGAAGAAAGUGGAAGGAGCCAGAGUCUUUCGAAUGUUGCAAGUGAGAAAUGCAUGAGACUCAGUGGGAAGAUUGGGGAGGUUUGUAGUCUCAAUCAUUCAGACGAAAGUUCCGAUAGGAGUCUCAUUUCUCCCAUUACCAAAUCUACACGAAGAAUGCCCAAAUAUAUGCAGGAGUCAAUAAUGACACCAAGAUCGAGAAAACCAGUUAUGCUUUUGGGAGCUACUCUCGGGGGUUCUGUUUCGGAUGAGAGAAGCCAGCAGUUGGAUGACUGUGACUUCCGUGAGGAGGAUGAGGAUGAAUAUGCAUCAUCGGAUAAAUCAGACGACAAAGAGGGUACGGAAGCACUAACGAGUCCCUUUCGUGACUACCUCUUUACCCGUAGUGUUCUCACAGCUAGCCCAGCGGAUUUGUCAUUUUCCAGCCAACCUGGGGAUUUUGGGUCAGCCACUGACAUUCGAGAUCUCAGUGAAUCGGAAAUGAGUGAGAGUCUUCUAUUUUGCUUGGAUGGCAAUCAACCGCAAGGUGUGGAUUUGAGUACAAUCAACGAAGAGGAUUUACCGGCUGUGGGGGGAGGUGUGGUAACAAAGAAGCGUUGCCUGCAUGCCACCACCACUGAAGGACUCGAUGAGACAUCCCUGUGAGUUAAGAAAAAAAAAACAAAUUCAAAUCUCUUAUACAAUGUUUAUUAUUUUUUAUUUUAAUUAUUUUAAAGUGGGGUGCAAAAUACCCCGUAAUUAAAAAAUAAAUCUUAAAGAAUUUA